GGCAGUUGCUUUCGAAUAGUGGGUUCACGGAGUGGCACCCCGCCGAGCCCAACAGCGCGGGAGGAGAAGAAGACUGCGGCAGCCUGUACUGGACGGCGCAACUCAACGAUGUGUCUUGCUUCUGCAACGGCACGUUCGUCUGCGAGUUGCCAUCAUUCCAGCUGCUUUAACACCGUUAUUAAAUUCAAAACAGAUUCUCAGAAUAGGAAAUCUCCAUUUUACAUUACGCGUUAAAAUUUAAAAAAAGGCGAUAAUAUAAUAUUAAUUUCGCAAAUACAUAGUAAUCUAGUGAUUUCACAGUAAUGUUUUUACUGUGCCAUGCGUGAAGUAUGAAAUCUUAAAAUUUAAUAAUUUCGUCUGGAACAAAAACUGACAAAUUAAUUAUCCGAGGUUUUGCACUUAGUUUUGUAUUGACCGUUUUCGUUUUAUUGUCAAGAAGUGCACUGAAAUUUUACUUAUAUAGGUGAUAUUAUAUAGAAACUGGAUUAAAAUUUUAUUGAAAUCAAGAAACACUGAUCAUCUACAUAUUUAUUAUUUUUAGACGUGAUUUUUUUUUAAAUAAAAUCUUCAAGUUUGGAAGUUGGCUUAUAAAUUCCAAGUUGCGAGAUCGCUUUUGGAAUUAGCUGUGAUUUCCAUGGCACAUUUUAUUCUAUUUGAUAAUACAUUUGUCAAAAGAGUACGAUAUAAUAAAUGUAUUAUACUGCGGCCUUUUUUUGCAUGUUUGUUAUGCAUAAAAUAAUUAACUUUAUUAUGAACUUAUUCAACAAAAAUAUAAUUUGCUUAAUUUAUUUUUAAAAUGUUUUAAAUUCUGGGAGAACGUUUCCAUCACUUGUUGCUAAUUUAUUCCAAUUUUGUAAUGUCCU